AUGUUUAAAUUAUCGGAACUUGUUCGUUGGCUCGGAUUGACCGAAUUUGAGAUUAUGGUUAAUUUGUGUGGUCUGCUCGUUUUCACCAUAACACUUGCAUUUCGAAUAUCUGGAACUAUUGGAAAAAAUACCGUCGAUUGGUUUACAAUAUUUAGUCCGCUGUUUUGUGUCGAUAUAUGCAAUGCCUACUUUUGUAUAAUAGUACUAUUGCGUAUGUAUCUGGAUUCUGACAACAAACGCAAAGCAUUACAUCGUUUUAUGUGGAGCACUUAUUUUCUUUUCUUGGUGGCUAUUUUCAAAUACUUACUAUGUUUGAAAUUGAGCGGUCAGACUAAGUUGGAAUACAGUGAGGUAUUCUCACCCAUCUUUGUAUUGCUUCAACUCGUCGCAGUACGAGCAUGUCAACUGCCAAAUUCUGUAUAAUAAUUUCUUAGAAUACUAUUUUUUAUGCAUAUAUAUUAAUAAAUAAUAACGAGAAUACUGAGUCUAAA